AUGUAACAGGUGUAAUGGCAGGAUCAGAGGGUAUAUGUGGAGAGGAUUACGCGGGGAGGAUGGUGGCUAUCACCAUCCUGUCCUCCGUGUGUGUCCUUACUGUCUUCGGAAACACCAUGGUGCUGCUGGCCUUCUUUCGAAACCGGAGUCUCCGUUCCUUUGGUAACUACUUCUUGAUCUCACUGGCACUAAGUGACCUGGUUAUGGGGUGCUGGACUUUUCCUAACACUAUCGCUAACCUGGUUCUCUGCAAAUCAUGGAUGUCGGCGCUGCUAUGCGAAAUGUCUGGCUACAUAGACAACGUCAUCCUGACGAACAGUUUGGUGACGUUAGCAGCUUGUAGCUACGACAGGUACCUGGUGAUAACCCGACCUCUCUUCUACAAACGGUGUAUGACUGGCAAGCGUACCCUGCUUAUCUUGUGUGCCACGUGGAUCUACUCCAUGUCGCUGUCACUGCCACCAUUCUGUGGUAUCGGCAAGUUCAGACUAUCAGAAUUCUCCAGAACCUGCGCCCUAACAGUAACUAACACGGAACCUUUACAAAAUUUCAAGAUCUACUUCUCGUCCUACAUUAUCUUUACCUUUAUUCCACCUCUCUCCAUCAUGAUAACUUGCUACUACUUCAUCCUUCAGACUGCCAGAGAGGUUAACGCCAAGUUCCGUGCCCAGGUUAACGCCAACGACCCGAAUGUAAUAAAACAGGGAGGGGCAUGGAAGGGUAUCAAGAACUACAAGGCUGGUCUGAUGAUAGCUGUCAUUAUCGGAGUGUACCUAGUUUUCGUCCUCCCGGUCAUGAUAUUCGCUACUCUACAAGUAGUUUUUAAUGUCCACGGAAUACCAAAAGAUGCAGCUCUGAUAGUAGUCUACUUGGUCAUGUGUAACUCCUUCUGUAACCCUAUUAUCUAUGGGAUCAUGAACAAGGAGUUCCGUAAGACAUUCAGGAAUAUCCUGUCCUGUAGAUCAGACAGAUCCUUUAGACAGAUGAACUACCGGCGGGAGAGUCUGGCAUACAGCACCAACUCUUGUAACGGUACCAUGCUCCUGAGGAAACGAGAUCUCAGUCAGAGUAAUAACUCCUCUAUUUCUCUCGGCCCCGACAGGUCGUCCACUAUGAGCUCAAACCAGAGUGUCAGCAGACAGAACUCCGAACUAAAGAAAUACUUCAACGGAAAGAGAAACAACAGUUUAGGGGGGAACAAAGAUCCCUGUGUCUUACCCCAAGCAGGCGGGACCAUCAUUGAACUGUCAGAGCACAGCACGUCGGACUGCUAUCGGGAGCAUGUCAAUCCGAACUUUAGGACCAGUUCAGAGGCCGUAAAAAACUUAGCCAUCUCAGAGUUUAAUCCCUUUAGAUUUAUUUGGACUAUCAAGAGUUCUAGUUAUGAGUGUGUUUGUAAUAGGAAAGGCAGGAAACGAACAAUCUCUUUCUGAAAUAAUAGUAUAUUUAAAGUGUGAUCAAUUUGAGUUGGCACCGGUGAUGAGAAAGGAGGAGAUAAAUUCCAAAUAAAAAACUUCAAGAUGCCAUUUCCAGUGAUCACAUCCGGGCCAACUUUAACUGACAGCGCUAUUAUAAUACAAUUAAUGAAUAAGAAGCUCCCAACCGGACCCUCGUCCCUCUAUGUUCCCUCUAUAGAGCAUUUUAAUUUAUCUUAAUUGUCAAUGAUUAUUGUAAUAUUCUUCAAUCAACAAUGUUUGUUUCAGAAAAUCAACAAUCAAAUUUAUGUACUGUAAGUCAUGAAUUUUGAUAAUUCGGUGAGUGAGCCUGUGCUCAAUAACAUUACGACGUCAUGUUUUAAUUAAAUAUCAAUAUAACGUGACCAAUAAUAUCCCAAACCGCUUCACCAAGGAUUCUCCUUCUGAAAAUAAUGUUACUGAUUGAGAGUAUUUGUUAAAUAAAUUAUGUACAUAUGCAUAGAUCGUAGUUUAGAUUUAUUCAAGACUGAAAGAUUAAUUCAGUGAUUGUGUCGCUCUUU